AGGUGGAGGUGGGGGAGGAUAAAAGGAGAGUGCUAGAGCUGGAGUCUUCAUCGACAGCAGACCAGGAUCCGGUUGGAGGAUGUGCAGAACUCCAGUGUGGCUGCUGGCCUCUUUGGCCUUUGCCUCCCUGUCUUCUCUAGCUGAUGGAGCUCCAAUGGAUGUGAUGUCUGCCCCGAACUUGUUGCGGGUAGGAACAGCAGAACAUAUCUUCGUGGAGUGUCAAGAUUGCACUGGGGGUGAAAAGCAGGUCGAAAUCAAGGUGAUGAACCAUCCAACCAAAACCAAAAGGCUGGCAACCCAAGACGUGAAACUUAACCAAGAGAACAAAUUCCAGGGCUUUGGAAAAAUUACGAUCCCUGCCGGGGACUUCAGUAAGGAUCCCACUGCGAAGCAAUAUGUGUACCUUCAAGCUCAGUUCCCUGACAAACUGCUAGAGAAGGUCGUCUUAGUCUCCUUCCAGUCUGGCUACAUCUUCAUCCAGACUGACAAGACCCUCUACACCCCCGACAGCACAGUUCAUUACAGGAUCUUUGGAUUGACGCCCAGUAUGGAGCCUGUAGAGAGGGAUGACGCCACCCAAACUGAUGCUUCUAUUUCUAUUGAGAUUGUGACCCCUGAAGACAUCGUUUUACCACUUGAUCCAGUCUCUCUGAAAUCAGGCAUCCACUCUGGAGAUUUCAAAUUGGCUGAAAUUGUCAGUCCCGGACUUUGGAAAGUGGUUGCCAAGUUUCACAGCAACCCACAGCAGAGCUACUCUGCAGAGUUUGAGGUCAAAGAAUACGUGUUGCCCAGUUUUGAGGUUAAACUGAUACCUCAGAUCGCCUUCUUUUAUGUGGACAGCAAUGACUUCAUUGUCGACAUUAAAGCUAGGUAUCUGUUUGGUAAAGAGGUGGAUGGGACAGCCUACGUGGUAUUUGGGGUUGUGUAUGAUGGUCAAAAGAGGAGCUUCCCCAGCUCUCUUCAGAGGGUGCCGAUAGCGAAUGGUGUUGGACAGGUCACAUUGAAGAGAGAGCACAUCACAGCAACCUUUCCAAAUGUCAUUGAGCUGGUGGGCCGUUCUUUGUUUGUAGCUGUCAGCGUGCUGACAGAGAGCGGUAGUGAAAUGGUGGAGGCAGAGUUGAGAGGUAUCCAGAUUGUCACUUCACCUUACACCAUCACCUUCACGAAAACGCCAAAAUAUUUCAAACCAGGAAUGUCCUUUGAUGUUGCGGUUGAAGUUAUGAAUCCUGAUGAGACUCCAGCAGAUCGUGUUAUGGUGGUGGUUGAGCCGGGAGACGUGCGUGGCACCACUGCAGCCAACGGCAUAGCAAAGCUUACCAUAAAUACGGUGGCAGGAAAUGCGAAUCUGAGGAUCACCGCAAAGACUGACGAUCCUCGUAUUUCACGUGAAAGGCAAGCAAUAGCCACCAUGAGUGCUGUCCCAUAUAAAACUAAAAGCAACAGUUACAUCCACAUAGGGGUGGAUACAGCUGAGCUGGAAUUAGGAGACAACUUGAAAAUCAACCUCAACCUCAACAGACAGCAAAACUACAAUCCUGACAUCACAUACUUGAUCCUGAGCAGAGGUCAGCUGGUGAAACAUGGCCGUUAUGAGACAGAAGGACAAGUACUGAUUGCCCUGAUAGUUCCCAUCACCAAAGAAAUGCUGCCAUCAUUCCGAAUCAUAGCCUACUAUCAUACAAGUGGCAAUGAAGUGGUAUCAGAUUCUGUUUGGGUGGAUGUCAAGGACACCUGCAUGGGCACGCUGAAGCUGGAGUCAUCAAGACCUGCUCCAUCCUAUGAGCCUCGCAGGAUGUUUGGUCUUAAGGUCACAGGAGAUCCAGGGGCCACAGUAGGACUGGUGGCAGUUGACAAAGGCGUCUACGUCCUCAACAACAAGCACCGCCUCACUCAGAAAAAGGUGUGGGAUGUAGUAGAGAAGUUCGACACAGGUUGCACACCAGGUGGAGGGAAAGACGGCAUGAGUGUGUUCUAUGAUGCUGGGCUGUUGUUUGAGUCCAGCACUGCUUCUGGGACCCCAUACAGACAAGAACUGAAAUGUCCGGUCCCCAGCAGGAGGAAACGAGCCACUACUAUAACGGAAUUGACAACCAGCCUAGUGAGUCAGUAUAAAGGACUUGAACGUGACUGUUGUUUGGAUGGCAUAAGGGAAACCCCCCUCUCAUACACCUGUGAGGUGCGCAGUGAGUACAUCACUGACGGUACAGCUUGUGUUGCGGCCUUCCUGCACUGCUGCAAGGAGCUGGAAAGCCAGCGAGCUGAGAAGAAGCAGGACAGUCUACAACUGGCUCGCAGUGAGGAAGAUGACAACAGUUACAUGGACAGCAAUGAGAUUGUUUCUCGUACAAAGUUCCCAGAAAGUUGGCUGUGGUCAGAUAUCACACUGCCUGGUUGCCCUAAUUGUGCUACCACACACAUUACUAAACAUGUUCCUUUGCAAGACUCCAUCACAACCUGGCAGUUCACUGGCAUUAGUCUCUCAAGAACUCACGGAAUCUGUGUUGGUGAGCCAUUAGAGGUAAUUGUCCGGAAAGAAUUCUUCAUUGAUCUCAGGCUGCCUUACUCUGCUGUCCGUGGAGAGCAGCUGGAAGUUAAGGCAAUUCUCCAUAACUACAGCCCAGACCAAGUCAAAGUACGUGUGGAUCUGACUGAGACAGAGCAUGUCUGCAGUUCAGCUUCUAAGAAAGGAAGGUAUCGUCAGGAGGUUGAAAUUGGGCCCGAAACAACACGAUCUGUACCCUUUAUUAUUAUUCCUAUGAAGGAGGGACAAUUCCAGAUAGAGGUCAAAGCAGCUGUUAAAGACUCAUCACUCAAUGACGGAAUCAUGAAGCUACUGCGGGUGGUGCCUGAAGGCGUUCUGGUUAAAUCUCCGCAAAUUAUAAUUCUGGACCCUAAAGGUGGUGAACAAAAAGAAACUCUCAACAGUGGAAUUGCUAAGACAGACUUGGUUCCAAACUCACCUACUAGCACACAGAUCUCUGUGACAGGGAGAGAGCAAGUAGGUCCACUGGUGGAGAACGCCAUUAGUGGAAAGUCAAUGGGUACUCUGAUCUACCAGCCCUCAGGCUGUGGAGAGCAAAACAUGAUCCACAUGACCCUGCCUGUCAUCGCGACCACGUAUUUGGAUAAAACCAACCAGUGGGAAGUUGUGGGCUUCAAUAAGCGUAAUGAAGCUCUUCAACACAUCAAAACCGGCUACCAGAACCAGCUUGCUUACCGUAAGAAUGAUGGUUCUUUUGCUGUGUGGGCCAAGGGCCACGCAAGUAGCUCCUGGCUGACAGCAUAUGUUGUCAAGGUGUUUUCUAUAGCCCAAACUCUGGUGGCAAUAGAAAGACAUGUGAUCUGUGACGCUGUCAAGUAUCUGAUUCUCAACGCACAGCAACCUGACGGCAUGUUUAGAGAAGUUGGGCGCGUGUACCACGGAGAGAUGAUUGGUGAUGUUCAGGGUACAGAUUCAGAUGCCUCCAUGACAGCCUUCUGCCUCAUUAGUAUGCAGGAGUCACGCACGCUGUGUGAUGCCACAGUUAAUAGUCUGCCAGGCAGUAUAGACAAAGCUGUUGCCUACCUGGAAAAGCGUCUGCCUAGCCUCACCAACCCGUAUGCUGUUGCCAUUUCAUCAUAUGCCCUGGCCAAUGAAGGCAAACUGGACCAGGAGCUACUCUACAAGUUUGCUUCCCCAGAGUUAAACCACUGGCCUGUCCCUCGGGGACGUGUCUACACCCAGGAAGCCACAGCUUAUGCUCUUCUGGCUUUGGUCAAGGCCAAGAACUUUGAGAAUGCUGGACGUGUUGUGAGAUGGUUCAACAAACAGCAGUUUGUGGGUGGAGGCUAUGGAUCAACUCAGGCUACCAUAAUAGUGUAUCAGGCUGUAGCUGAUUACUGGACAAGUGCACAAGAACCAGACUAUGAUCUGAAUGUGGACAUCCUAUUGCCAGGCAGGUCAGACCCUGACAAGUACAACUUCAAUAAGGAGAACAGCUAUACCACAAGAACAUCUAAAAUCAAUGAUAUAAACCAGGAUAUAAAAGUGACUGCCAAGGGCUCAGGAGAAGCAACGCUGAAAAUGGUGUCGCUUUAUUACGCUCUGCCUAAAGAAAAGGAGAGUAACUGUCAAAAGUUUGACUUGUCAGUGCAGCUCGUUGAAGAUAAAAUGGAUGAGGAUGAGAGGGUAUACAAGCUGAGAAUAGAGAUUUUGUAUAAGAGCACUGACCGUGAUGCAACCAUGUCAAUCUUGGAUAUUGGCUUGCUAACUGGCUUCACUGUUAACAAAGACGACCUUAACUUAUUGUCCAAAGGACGUGCCCGCACCAUUGCGAAAUAUGAGAUGAACACGGUCCUGUCAGAAAGAGGCUCACUCAUCAUCUACCUGGACAAGGUUUCUCACACACGUACAGAGGAGAUCACUUUUAGGAUCCAUCAGACAAUGAAAGUGGGCGUUUUACAACCAGCUGCUGUGUCUGUCUAUGAAUACUAUGACCAGACACAUUGUAUGAAAUUCUACCAUCCGGAGAGAAGAGCUGGAGAGCUUUUGAGGCUCUGCAGGGGUAACGAAUGCACAUGUGCUGAAGAGAACUGCAGUAUGCAGAAAAAGGGCGACAUCCCCAACGAGCAGCGCACAUCUAAGUUAUGUGAGAGUACACCAGACACCAAAAUUGAUUUUGCAUACAAAGUGAGUCUGGAGGCAUUUCAGGACUCUGGUACCACUGACGUUUACUCAAUGCGGGUAGUGCAAGUCAUCAAGGAAGGAAAUGAUGAUGUGGGUCCUCUGGAUAAAGUUCGUUUGUUCCUCAGUUAUCCACACUGCCGAGAGGCUUUAGAUCUGCAGGUUGGAAAAAGCUUCCUUAUCAUGGGCACAUCCAAAGAUAUUAACAGAGAUGAAGAGCAUCAAACGUAUCAGUAUGUGCUCGGCGAGAGGUCCUGGAUUGAGUACUGGCCCACAGGCGCAGAGUGUCAAACUGAGGAACACAGAGCGACCUGUUUGGGCAUGGAGGAGAUGGCCCAGCAGUUUGAAUUCUUUGGAUGUCUGCAGAAGUAAAACUGAAGGAAAUAAAGUGUUCAUUUAAAAUAAACUGUUAUUUUGUGCAAAAUGUAAAUUACUACAAUGUAAGUGAUGUAAAAGUUAAAAAUGUGUGUUCAUCAGACUGUGUUGAUUAAAAUGUAAUGGUCAUA